AUGAUAGAUAAUGAAGACUUCAUCCCGAAUUUUCUACAGGAUUCCUCAUCUGCAUCUAUAACGCAUACAUUACGCGUCAAACGAAAUCGACCAAAAAGUUCUUACUUUGAGGACUUUUCACCAGAUGCAUCGCAGGAAGAUGCAAAUGUGGAGAAUGCAAAUUGUGCUUCCCCCACCUUGAUGAGAAAAAGUGCAUUAAGAAAAUCAUCCUCGAAAACAUUAAACUGCAACACUAAUGUCAAUUCCAAAUCACCAUCUCCAGCGUUUGCAAGUACAAACGCAACAUCUGGCACGCCAUUGAGAAAUCUAACCAAUUUCGUUAUUCCUUCGUCAGUUAAAUCUAAAACAAGACAGCUCACUAAUAGUUUGACUCGUUCAAUGACUGAAGUGGUUUCGAAAUCAUCACAUUCAUUUUUCAACAGUUUACAUCUUGCAACUUCAACAACAUCUUCUUCAGUAUCGACUACAACCCCAAAAAUAGAAUUCAAUUCCAUAGCUGCAAACGAUGAUAUCCCCACCAAUUAUGAUUCUGAUGAAGAGUUCGAAGAUGGGGACACGUUUGAUACGAUUCACCUUGACUCUCCAGUGCAACGCAAACCCAGCAAUAACAACAAUACAAAUAAUAGUAACAAUAACACUAAUAUACCUACCAAAAUUAGACGCUUCCAUUCUAUGUACCAAACUGAUAAAGAGAUUGCAUCGUACCAACUCCAUGAAGAUAAUUCAUUUUUAAAGUUUACAAAUAUUGAAUAUUCUCACCUGGAGAGUGAUUUGUUACCCCGAAUCGAUGCUCAUCAAUUGGCGAAAAUAUUACGUGGAGAUCAUAAUGACCAAUUUGACGAAUUUAUUAUUAUUGAUUGUCGAUUUGAGUAUGAAUUUAAUGGUGGCCAUAUCACUAAGGCAAUAAAUAUAUCCACCCAGGAGACCCUUCAAGAAAAACUUAUUCAGUACCAACAAAAAGAUGUGAAGAACACUGAAAGCAAGAAGCGAUUAAUAAUUUUCCAUUGUGAAUUUAGUUUGUUUAGAGGACCAAUGAUGGCCAAACAUUUAAGAAAAUGUGAUCGUAUGUGCAACUAUGACAACUAUCCACUUUUAACAUACCCCGAUAUUGCAAUUUUGGAAGGGGGUUAUAAAACUUUCUAUGAAAAUUACCCUCAAUGGUGUGAUCCUCAAGGAUAUGUUGAGAUGAAGAAUUUACGACACAAAAAAAUAUGUGAAUCGAAUUUGGAUAAAGUUAGAAAAGAUAAUAAACUAACUAGAGCAAAGUCUUAUCAAUUUGGUAAUCAACAUCAUCGUGGCGGUUCUACUGGUGGGCUUUUCAGUAGCUAUAACUACAACGUUAUGAACUCAUCGGAUCAACAGUUUUGGGGCAGCUGUACUUCAAGCACUGCUCAUCAUAGAAGCUGCAGCAGUAGUUUCAUCAUUAACAACAAGCAUAGUAGUGGUUCAUCGUAUCACCACAGGUCACAUUCGUUUGUGACAAUCAACAAUGAGAAAAUCAUCAAGCGACAAAGAUCAACUCCUCAAGUCAACGACUCACCAACUAGGUCUAACUCAUCAACUGCAUCUCCUGGUAAACCCAUUCCAUUGGCUAAUAUUCAUAGAUUAACUCGUGCCAACACCAUUUCAUCAGACCAGGCAUUGUUUAGCAAUAAACCAAUGUCUUCACCAAUGAUGUCACCACUUGCAUCUAGUUUUGAACAAUCGUCGAUUGGAAUGAACUCUUCUGAAAUAUCUGUCACCACUCAAGAUUUUCAACCACCAACCACAUCAUUUAGAAAUUCAACCCAUAAUCUUAGCAAUGGUAGUAAUCGUCGCCGAAAAUCACUUUCGUCGAAUUUUUCAUCAUGUUCAAUCAAUUCUAUUUCGUCAUCGGCUGCCGAAUCUGAUUAUGCGGGUUCGGUUGAUUCCGCAUUGACAGAACCAUAUACUUCUUCAUCACCAUUACUUGACUCGUCGGAUUAUUUUGAUAAUGGUGCAAAGAGACAAAAUUUAAUUGCAAUGCCAAUUUCAAAAGGUCAACCAUCAUUUCAAAGAAAGCAUUCAUCAAGACUGGGUAGCAAUAUCCAAGCAUCUUUGGCUAACCCUCCAUCUUUGCCACCACCAACAACUGCUUGUUCUUCUUCUACGACUCCUUCUCAAUUGUCGCCAACUAUUCAACAACAACCAUAUUUACAAUUUCAAUUUCCAAGAUCAAGAUCCAACAAUAAAUUAUUGGCUACGCCAUCAAAAUCAACCCAUCUGUUUACAUCUCCUAUAACCAAUAACGAAAUUGGUACCAAUAACAAUUUGCCUAUGGUAUCACCAUUUUUCACUCCCGGCACCGAUGCAAGUGCAAGCAUAACUGCAAAUACAUAUGAUGGAUACAAUAUUUCUACUAUUAAUACCAACUGUCAUGGAAACCGAAGUUCAAUUAUUGAUCCAAUUAAUGAUACUCCAGUUGAUUUUCUGGUUCCAACCUCGAUUUCUACAUCAUCAUCAAAGCUGAUUAGAUUCAAGUUGCAUAAACGUUCUGGCUCAUUGAUUAAUUCAAGUAUCAGCGAGUCACAGGAAUUGUAUAAUGUCACGUCUGAUGAGCAUGGUCUGCAGUAUCAUGAUCAGAAGAAUGAAGGACAUUACUAA